CCAUGGUGGAGCGAGUCCCUGAGUCCAUCAACUUUCCCUCUGAGGAGGAGAAGAUCAUGACGUUCUGGAAAGAUAAGGACUGCUUCCAGGAAUGCCUCAAACAGUCCAAGAACCGGCCAAAGUACACCUUCUACGAUGGCCCUCCCUUUGCCACGGGUCUCCCUCACUACGGGCACAUCCUGGCCGGCACCAUCAAGGACGUCGUUACUCGCUUCGCCCACCAGAGCGGCUUCCAUGUGGACCGGCGCUUCGGCUGGGACUGUCACGGCCUGCCUGUGGAGUAUGAGAUUGACAAGACUUUGGGCAUCAAGGGGCCUGACGAUGUGGCCAAGAUGGGCAUCGCUGAGUACAACAAGCAGUGCAGAGGCAUUGUCAUGAGAUACUCCAACGAGUGGGAGACUGCAGUGAAGCGAAUGGGAAGGUGGAUUGACUUUGACAAGGACUACAAGACUCUCUACCCAUGGUUCAUGGAGACUGUCUGGUGGGUGUUCAAACAGCUGUACGACAAGGGUAUGGUUUACCGAGGAGUCAAAGUCAUGCCUUUCUCCACUGCCUGCAACACCCCCCUGUCCAACUUCGAGUCCCACCAGAACUACAAGGACGUUCAGGACCCGUCGGUGAUCGUCAACUUCCCGUUGGUGGGGGAUGAGGAUGUGUCUUUGAUCGCCUGGACGACCACACCCUGGACCCUGCCCAGCAACCUGGCCCUCUGUGUCAACCCGGAGUUCUUCUACGUCAAGGUCAAAGGUGAGAGACCAAGCCUGACGAGUGCUGUGUCAGUGUAUGCUGCUGCUGAGCUUUACACUGUGCUGGUUAUGGAUGACAUUUGCAUCAUUAGACAUUCCAAGUGUGGAGAGCAAGGAGCGUUUCAGGUGGUGUUGGAUAACUACGUCAAGGAGGAAGAGGGCACAGGAGUGGUCCACCAGGCACCUUACUUUGGAGCUGAUGAUUUCAGGGUGUGCACUGAAUACAAGAUCAUCGCGAGGGACCAGGCUCCGAUCUGCCCUGUGGACGCCUCGGGCUGCUUCACUUCAGAGGUCACUGACUUCGUGGGACAGUAUGUCAAAGUGAGUGACACAUCAGACAUUUACAUGUAG